GAUUUUGCCUUGACUGGUCACACUUUUGACACAAGUCAGGUAGGUGAUAAUACAGAGUGCGCUGUCAAAUGUAUGGCAAAUGACACAUGUCAAUCAUACAACUUUGAAACCAGUGGAGGCAUGGGCAAUCAACGAUGCGAGCUGAAUAACCAUUCGCGAAUUUCAAGACCGCGAAGUUUGGAAAAGAAGCUGGGAUUUGACUACUAUGGUUCAGUUCCGGUAGGCUUAAGAACCUUUUAUGUGUUUCAUUACUCAAUUUCCGAUUUGUAAUGACAAUCAAACGUUGCGAUCUCAACGAUACAUAAACUGGUUUACUUAAGUAACCUCACCAUCUUCCUGGUCCUUAGCUUAUGCCCACAUCAUCCCCAAUCCCCUAUUUUUUCGUGGGAUCGUUUAGAUAAACCGCGUCUUACCGUCACGGCUAUCUUGAUUUUCAAAUGUACCUAGGGGACGGGUGUCGUGGAUUAUAGCUCGAGGGGGGUGGGGGCGAGAAAAAUGAUUUUUUAAUUAUUUUUCUCGCUUCCUCCCAAACCGCCCCCGCCCCCUAAGUAGUUUUGACACUCAUGCAAGAUGGCAGCCGGUAACGCAAAGCUCUCGAUCUCGAUGAUCUUACAGAAAAAUAGAGGACUGUGAACAGUCUACACAUCAUAGGACCAUUCGAACAGCUUGUCACGUCACUGUCUAGAUUGACAAUGCAUAACACAAAGGUCAAGUUAACUAGCCGUUACAAUUGCGGGGUGAAUGAAUUUUUAAAUUUAAAGUAAGAGUACCUGUGAUGGUGAAACAAGUGUUUCAUACAACCGAAAGUAUCUAUAAUAGCUUCGUUUAUGAGCAUCCCUGUUAGCCUGUAUGUAAUCGUUAUUGUGUUUUGUAAAUGCAUGUCGUUGUAUAUAUAUAUAUAUAUCAUAUACACAUAAGUUCUUAUUCGUUACUCCGGUAAAUACUUAUUCUACUUAGUCAGUUCAUAGUGCACAGCUUUUCGCAAGUAUAAACUUUUUUGCAACCGAUAAAGAAUAGAAUAAAUACACAAACAUUUUCUUCUGUAGAUUCGUUGUGCUCAGAACAAUCGCAAAACUGAGAACGACUGCAAAUGUCACCAUGGUUACAAAGGCCAACGAUGCCUAACACGUAAGUUAAUAACAGAUUGCGACGUAACUAUCUAUUUAACUUUAUGUAUCAGCGAUAAAAAACGAAAAAAGAGUACAGGCUUUCAAUCGUUUGGGUCAGGAAAGGAUGAAAACAAAGAUUUCUAAACAUGUGACUCCUUUAAUUCAAAAAGAUCCUGGACAAUAUUUAGUUAUGACGGAUCCACACGCAGCCAUGGAAAGAGGUUCGGGGAAGGGUCAGUUGAACCCCUUGGGUUCUUGCUAUUUUGAAAUAUUCAAGACCAAAUCUCGAACAAAUAGACUGCAGUGAGGUUUUUAAGAUGAUAAAAAGGUUAUGGGACUUGGUGUUGUUGGGAACAAGUGAAAAUGGUCAGUCACGAUAUUGGAUCUUGCAGAAAACUCAGGUUUCUGCAAAUAGUUUUCAUAUAUGCUUGAGAUUUUUUGUAAUGUUUCACAUCCUUUAAAAAAAUUAAAGUACAUGCACUUCCGUCUAAAACUGGCUAGACCUGACGUCACUUAUGACGUGAUAUCUCGUAGCCAUAACAACCAGUUGUCGGAUAGUUUUCCAAGUUAGAUGCUCUUGUUUAAGUUCAGAGAAUAUUCAAUUUCGCCAACAGAAUCCUCACCGCUCACAUAUUUUUACAUUUUCCUAUACUUGCAGCGAGACUUGGAUUUGUUGCUUCAAACCCUGGACUUUCUUGUAAACACAUCCGAGACGCUGGAGAUUCAAUAGGAGACGGGGAGUACUGGAUCGACCCUGAGAAUAACAGAAACCCUUUUAAAGUCUACUGUGAUAUGACAACUAAUGGAGGUUACUUUUUUAUAUUUACAUCUGUUUUUAUUUAUGAUCUUCAAACUAGUGCAUUGAUUGUAUCUUCAUCAAAAUUAUGCCAGUAUUUCAAUAAGUAAUAUAUACGUCAAAGUUUAGUCCACUUAGCGCUUCUUAGUCUAGAAUACUUCUGAUUGAAUUGGAAAUUGAGAAUGUUGCUUCUUGAGGAAAGGGAACUGUAUAAAGGACUCUCGGAGUAGCAGGAGAAAAACCUUAGUAAUGAAGGGCGAGAACUAACAAGGUAACAAAAGCAGUGAACGUAAAACGACGCCUGCCUCUGGAAAAAGAACAAGGGCCACAUUGAUGGAGUACGAGAAAUCUCACGCAGCCCUCGCUCCUCUUGCAUUAAUUUUAGUUUUCUCAAUCGAUGCUUUUUUAAAAUAGCUGAAGGGAUGUCUGAUAAAAUAUUAGACGAUUUUAAGGGCUUGUUCUUUGCUCGUGUCUUACUUAGGAGGCUGGCUUCUUGUGGCUAAUUUUUGGCUAGGGAGAGCCACUCCUCCAUCUGCUUGGACCGCUGAGACGGCAUACAGCGGAAUCAGGAAUUAUCAAAACAGCCACAUGGGUAUCACUACCAGCGCCAUGAACCAGCUUAGAGCACGCUUAAACUUCAUUCAAAUGAGGUUCCACUGCAGUAAAGAACAAGGGCGUACUUUUCACGUGAUCACGGCCGCCAACAGCACUGGUGAAGCCGUUGUCCAGUACUUCAGUGGUCAGUCUGACACACUUCCUGCUUCAUGUGGCUCGUUCAUUACGAUGGAGGAUGACAAUUCUGAGUUAGCUAAGAAGUGCAGCAAAUGGGGAAACGAUGGAUCCCAUUACGUUGGAAAAUGGGGUCAUCACAGAAAAAAGAAUGAAUUCAGGAUGUAUGAUCACACCGCGUUUAUUGCAAACUUGCAUCACUGGAUAAUCUUCAAUAGAGUGGGGAAAUGCGAUGAAGGAGCUGAUGAAGCUUUCUCAAAGGGCGAUUUUUGGAAAAUUUUUGUUCGCUGA